GCCAAUACGUCUGGUGCAAAUCAAGAGAGAAAUUAUGAUUCUUUGGGUGGCACUAAUUCCUCCAACAAGAUUGGAUUUUGCGAAGGAGCUAGCUAUUUCACGACUUGUCUGAUCACAUAACUGGCAUGACUAGCAAACAGACAAGCAAAUUCCAACGAUAAAAUUUAUCUUUCCAUCUCUUCGUAUCUGGAAAGUAAAAGGAAAAAGUGUCUUUGUCACAGCAAUUUCUGGGAUUGACUGCGAUUUAAUAGCCCUAGCCAGUAAAGUAUUAAGGGGGAUCCACUUAUUAAUGAGAUCCCAACUGCAUCAACAAAUUAAUAUAUUUUUCUUCCGAUCACCUUAAUCAUACUGAACCAGUCAUGAAUCCUGUUAAAUGGCUGGUCAGGAUACUUCUUCUUUUCUUUCUUUCUCACCUCUCUACUGCUGCUGACACCAUAACAAUAGAUCACUUCCUCAAAGAUAAUGGUGAUGUCAUAGUCUCUAGUGGCAAGAUUUUCGCACUCGGAUUUUUCACCCCUGGCAGUUCCAGGAAUCGAUAUGUUGGCAUCUGGUAUUAUCAGGUUCCUGAGAAGACAGUUGUUUGGGUGGCCAACAGAGAAAAUCCCAUUAAUGAUACCUCUGGGAUCCUUUCGAUCGACAGUCGAGGAAAUCUUGCCCUGUUCCAGAGAAACCAAACACUUCCAGUCUGGUCUACAAACAUCUCUAUCAACGGCACUAGGAAUUGUAUUGCUCAACUUUUAGAUUCAGGAAAUCUUGUUCUGCUUCAGAAUGAAACCAAAAGAACAGUACUGUGGCAGAGUUUUGAUUAUCCCACAAAUACUAUGCUUCCAUUUAUGAAACUUGGGUUGAGUUUUAAAACUGGUCUAAACCGAGUCCUGACGUCGUGGAAGUCUCCGGAUGAUCCGGGAAUAGGAAACUGUUCCUACAGGAUCAACCCAAGUGGGUUUCCUCAAUUGUAUUUGUACAAGGGUUCGGCUCCUUGUUGGCGAACCGGGACAUGGACCGGGCAAAGAUGGAGUGGUGUACCUGAAAUGACAAGCAACUACAUAUUUAAUGUUUCUUUUGUCAACACUGAUGAUGAAGUAUCGAUAAUGUAUGCAGUGAAAAAUGCCUCUUUCAUCACAAGAAUGAUAACGAAUGAAACAGGAAUUCAACAAAGAUUUACAUGGAACAAUCAAGCGCAUCAUUGGACUGGGUUUUGGUCAGCCCCAAGGGAGCAGUGUGAUUUUUACGGGCAUUGUGGGCCAAAUGGUUACUGUAACCCUGAUCGCUCAGAUGAUUUCGAGUGCACAUGUUUCCCAGGAUUCGAACCCAAGUCACCCCAAGGAUGGUAUAUGAGAGAUGCGGUAGGAGGAUGCGUGAGGAAGCGUGAUGUUUCCAUGUGUGGAAAUGGAGAAGGGUUCGUGAAGGUGGGACGUGUGAAGGUUCCCGAAACUUCGGCGGCACAUGUAGACCUGAGUUUGACAUUGAAACACUGCGAAGAAAAUUGCUUGAGAAAUUGUUCUUGCGUGGCUUAUGCUAGUGCAUACCCUGAGAUUGAGGGAGGGGUUGGCUGCUUGACAUGGCACGGGGAUUUGGUGGAUGCAAGGACAUAUGCAGAUGCAGGACAAGAUCUAUACAUCCGGGUGGACGCUGAUGAGUUAGCUCUCCAUACAGAGAAAGGUCUACUUCAAAAGAAAGGAGUGCUUGCGGUUCUCAUAGUUUCAGCCUUUUUAGUGUUUCUCAUUGUUGUCGCCAUUUUACUUUGGUUGGUGAGAAGGCAAAGAAGAGCAGCAAAAAAAAGAAAAGGCAAAAAUGCAUUUAGCUUUACUGCAAGGUCAUCAUUGUUUGAAGACUCUUUUGGUGGAAAGGGGAUUGAUGAGAGCAAAAGAAAUGGAGAUUUAGUAUUCUUUGAUCUGAACACCAUAGCUGCAGCUACUAAUAAUUUCUCUUCUGAUAACAAACUUGGAGAAGGUGGUUUCGGCUCGGUUUACAAGGGUUUGCUCUUCAAUGGAAAAGAAAUAGCAGUGAAAAGACUAUCGAAGUACUCAGGGCAAGGAGUAGAAGAGUUUAAGAAUGAAAUUGCGCUAAUCGCAAAACUUCAGCACAGGAAUCUUGUAAGGAUCCUGGGUUGUUGCAUUGAGGGUGAAGAGAAGAUGUUAAUCUAUGAAUAUUUACCAAAUAAAAGCUUGGAUUCUAUUAUUUUUGCUGAAUCAAAAAGAUCAUUGUUGGACUGGAAAAAGCGUUUUGAGAUUAUUUGUGGGGUGGCUCGAGGAAUCUUGUAUCUGCAUCAAGAUUCGAGGUUAAGAAUAAUUCAUAGAGAUUUGAAGGCGAGCAAUAUCUUACUAGAUGCUGCAAUGAAUCCAAAAAUUUCAGAUUUUGGUAUGGCCAGAAUAUUUGGAGGAGACCAAAUUGAAGGAAAUACGAAUCGUGUGGUUGGAACAUAUGGUUACAUGUCGCCAGAGUAUGCAAUGGAUGGACACUUUUCAAUCAAGUCUGAUGUAUAUAGCUUUGGAGUCCUGCUGUUAGAGAUUAUCACUGGCAGAAAGAACAGCGGUUAUUAUCCUGAUAGUCCCUCUUCAAAUCUGGUUGGGCAUGUUUGGAACUUAUGGAAAGAUAACAAAGCCAUGGAAGUAGUUGAUUCAGCAUUAGGUGAUUCAUAUCCUGCUGAUGAAAUCUUGAAAUGCAUUCAUAUUGGGCUAUUGUGCGUGCAAGAACAUGCAACAGAUCGACCGAUGAUGUCUGCAGUAGUGUUUAUGUUGGGAAACGAAACUGUUCUUCCGUCCCCGAACCAACCUGCAUUUAUAGUGAAGAAAGCAGGCAAAGGCGACGAGAUAUGGAGUAGUGAAGGAACUACUUCUGUAAACGAUGUGACGGUCACUAUGGUUCAAGCUCGCUAGAUGCAUAUAUAUAAGACGUAAAGUAGGAGGACUUCAUGGUCUGAACUUUAGCUUUCUCUAUUUUUUUUAAUCUUUAAACUCGAUUAAAAGUUGAUGUAUUGGAAACCAGAGGUAUUUAAGUAUUUAUCUCGUAACAAAAUUAUCCUAUAAAAAUAGUUUUAGGAAAUUGUCUUGUGCAAACCAAUUUCUCUUUUCUUAGAGGAUUGGAAUUCAAAACAAUGUAUACUCCGUUUAAGAUUAGAAAAUUGGUGAAUCAUUUUCUUGAGUAAA